UUGUAUUAGUACAGUGUCGGAGUGUUGGGGUGUCGGACGUACAAGCGGACCUCACCGCCGUUGCGAGCUCUUUUACCGUGUAAUACAGAUAAGAUUGUUCAUAAUAUUAUUUAAUAUUUUUUGGUUGAGAUGAAAGCGAGAUUCAACUUUUUAAAAUUAUUCGCGCUCAGCCACUUGACUCCGGUCCAGAAAGCCCAUCUAUCGUAUGCGGUACGCAAGGACAUUGAAGCAAGGGAAAUCCAACGAUUGGAAUCGAAGAAGCGAUUCCGUCAAUGGAAAUUAAAUAGGAUACAACGAGCAAUUAAGAACAAGGAACAAGAAAAAGAAAUGUUGGAUUGGAUCGGUAAUGUUUUGGGUGAGGCGAUUCCCAGCAACGUCUCGUACGAAGAUUAUCUGAAGGACGGCGUCGUGCUAUGCAAUCUCAUCAACAAGAUUGCUCCCGGAUCAGUGAAAAAAAUUCAAACCAAGGGUUCAAACUUCCAGUUGAUGGAAAACAUUCAAAGAUUUCAAGCAGCCAUCAAAAAGUACGGUGUACCGGAAGAGGAGAUUUUCCAGACGGCCGAUUUGUUCGAACGUAGGAAUAUACCGCAGGUGACGCUCUGCUUAUACGCCCUCGCUCGCAUUACUCAAAAGCAUCCAGAGUACACGGGCCCGGCAUUGGGACCUAAAAUGGCUGACGCUAACAAGAGAGAAUUCACCGAAGACCAGUUGAGAGCAUCCGAAGGUCACCUCAACCUGCAAAUGGGAUACAACAAAGGAGCUUCCCAGUCAGGAUUGGGAUCGUUCGGCAACUCUAGGCAUAUGUAACAAACGACAGCUUUUUCAAAGUAAAAUGCACACGUCCUGAACGAUAUUAUGCAUCUGCGUACCUACUACUGCUGCUGCUGCUGCGUUUACGACGUGUUUGCUAUGAUUUUUCAAUUAUACGCGGGAAGCGACAUUAUUAUUAUUUUAUUUAAUAUUAUGUUUUUUUUUUUUCAAAAGUUUAUAUUUAUACACAGUUUUUAUAUUAUUAUUUAUUAUCUAAACAGCACUUAUACUAACAUUAUACAUUUUUCAAAUAAAUCAAAGAGUAAUAAUUUACAGAA